AUGGGGCUUUUACGGACCAUGAUGCCGCCCAAGAUCCAGCUCUUGGCUGUUUUGGCGUUUGGAGUGGCCAUGCUCUUCAUCGAGAACCAGAUCCAGAAACUGGAGGAGUCAAGAGCCAAACUGGAACACACCAUUGCCCGACACCAGGUGGCUGAAGUGGAGCAGCGUCACAGUGAAGAUUCGGGCCGGGAAUCGUCACCGCUGUCAGAAAGAGACGACAUGGUCAUCAUCUACAACAGAGUACCUAAGACGGCCAGCACAUCGUUCACCAACAUCGCCUAUGACCUGUGUGGGAAAAACCGCUUCCACGUCCUGCACAUCAACACGACCAAAAACAAUCCUGUCAUGUCUUUGCAGGACCAGGUUCGCUUUGUCAGGAACGUCACGUCGUGGAGAGCGAUGAAGCCCGGCUUCUACCACGGGCACGUAGCCUAUCUGGACUUCUCCAAAUACAGUGCGAAGAGUAAGCCGAUGUACAUCAAUGUAGUGCGGGACCCGAUAGAGCGCCUGGUGUCCUACUACUACUUCUUACGUUUCGGAGACGACUACAGACCCGGACUACGACGUAGAAAACAAGGGGACAAAAAGACAUUUGAUGAGUGUGUGUCAUCAGGAGGGUCCGACUGUGCUGCGGAGAAACUCUGGAUGCAGAUCCCCUUCUUCUGUGGUCAUCAUUCAGAGUGCUGGAAUGCAGGCAGCAGGUGGGCUCUGGAGCAAGCCAAGUUCAACCUGGUGAACGAGUACCUGCUGGUUGGAGUGACCGAGGAGUUGGAGGACUUCAUCAUGAUCCUGGAGGCUGCACUGCCACGCUUCUUUAAGGGGGCCACAGACCUCUACAGAACAGGAAAGAAGUCACAUCUGCGAAAGACCACCGAAAAGAAGCCCCCAACCAAAGAGACAAUCUCCAAGCUGCAGCAGUCCAACAUCUGGAAAAUGGAAAAUGAGUUUUAUGAGUUUGCACUCGAACAGUUUCAGUUUGUGCGAGCCCACGCUGUCAGGGAGAAGGAUGGAGAGCUUUUUGUCCUGGCUCAGAGCUUCUUCUACGAGAAGAUUUACCCCAAAGUGAGCUAAAAGUGCAGCUGGGCUGACGCGGGCUGCACAGGGACUUUAUGAGGACUCUUUUAGAAGUCGUAUACACUGGGAGGAGAGGACACAAGAGUUCACCAAGCGAUGCCAGUGAACGUGUUUUCUGGGAUUCAAAGUUAGAGCCUGUCACAGACAAUCACUCUCAGACUGUACAGUGGAAUUUUUUUUAUUUUUUAUGGGGAAUGUGUCUAAUUUUUGUAAUGCUGGUGCAGCUGCUGAGAAGACUUAAUGUGGAUAGACUGUCAAUCUGAACACAGGGAAAGGAUUCAAGCCGAGGGCGAGAGGUUGAGAAAGUUCCUGAAUGUGUCUACAAACCCAAACAGAAGCAGCCUUCAGUUUAUCACGCUCUGUGUUUCUUUCUUUUCUUUUUGGCAGACCAUUAAAAGCAAUUACUUUAUCCAAGUUUAUCAAGUUUAAAACCAUAUGUCACAUUUUUCUGUCCUCUGGCAGGUUUGAAUAUGAAACAAGCUCAGAAAGCUCCAUGUUAUCUUUUUUUACGGUUUUGCACACUACAUUUUAAAUGCACAAUGUCUUGUUCACAAGUGACAGAAGAUAAAACUGUUGAACAAAGCUGCGUUUGUCUGCUCUGCUCUGCUGUGAACGUAUUCUAGGACCAAACAUCCAGACUGGAUGACUGCAUUUUUUUUAUUCCUCUGAGAUGUUCUCAAUGUUCGGCAUCAUAUCAGUAUUUUAUCACAGAGGCUGUGUUGUGCAUCAUUUAUAUGUCAGGUAGGCUUCAGUGUUCGUCUGUGAGAGGAGCACAGCUGCAGCAGGAGGAGGAGGCUCUAAUCAGAAGAGGAGGGAGUUUUAGGAGUACAGGGUUUAGCACAGCUUUCACUUGGUCACAAACUGAGAGUGCCUUAAUCAUAAUCUACAAGACAUUUCAUUUCAGCUAAGUGACCCCUCAUCCAUAUUUUAUUUUCUUGUGUGUGUAUUCUUACAAACUUCAAUUUCUGUUUUUCAUCUGUUCACACUUAAUCCUUUAAAACAAAACAUUGAGACAUAAACAGAUUUCUUGCCUCA